AUGAAACGCAUUAUGCAGAGAUUUUCGGUAAAUAAUUCACUAUUGGCGCGCGACGUUGCAAUACCGCCUUUUGCUAUUAGUAUGGAUAGUAUUGCUGCUACAUAUAAAUCGUCAUAUUGUAGUAAUGCAGGAAUGAAAAUACAGACUAGCGAUAAUUCCAGCACAGUCGAGAAGAAACCUAUUUUCAAACCUAAAAAGGUUUUGAUUCUAUCUAAAUUAACACGGUUGGAAUAUGAAAGGCAAAAUCAUCCAUUUCUUGACGAAACUCAGUUGAAAAAAGCGUUGGCACGACGAGGAUCUAACUAUGAUAGGCUUCGGAGGCGUUAUGACGAACACUACCGGUUUUUAAAUGUUGUGAUAGGUGAACUAAGAGCUUGUGGUAUCGAAACUCGAACUGUACAGAAAGUCGACUAUAAUAAUGCUGCAGUUUCAUGGGCUGAUGCUAUAUUUUCUGCGGGUGGUGAUGGAACAUUUCUUCACGCAGCUUCAAAAAUUUUAUCGGCGGAGAAACCUGUGAUAGGAAUAAAUACCGAUCCUAUGGGCUCAGAGGGCCAUCUUUGUUUGCUGAAGAAACUAUCGCACGAAUAUUUCAGAGAUGCCUUAAAACGAUUACUUGCUGGUGAUUUCAGAUGGUUAUAUCGACAACGUAUACGCAUACGUCUGGAAGGUGAUGUUGGAGAUAUCAAACCGUUUUAUUUGCAUGAAGAGCAGCUUCCUUUUUAUAACUCAAAAAAACAGUAUGAUUUGAUUACUACAAAUUUUCUUUCAUUAUUGCUUACUUUCCAGCGGGAUUUUAAUCCACAGUACACUACUCGUCCAUGCACAUAUCUCAGAAACAUUGCUGAAGGACAUGUGAAUGUGUUGUCAGAUUUAGCUUUAAAUGACGUUUUUAUCGGAGAGAGUUUAUCAUCACGUGUUUCGUAUUAUGAAAUUCAGUAUGAUGAUAGUGAGAUGGUGAAACAAAAAAGCAGCGGUGUUAUAGUAUGUACAGGAUCUGGCUCGACUUCGUGGUAUUUCAAUGUAAACAAGGUGACUGACCACUGUGUAUCUAGUAUUCUGGAUAUCGCUUCAAAGGAGAUCGGAUGUACGACACUGACAGAAGACAAAUCAUUAAUUCAGAGGAUUCGUGACAUUUAUAAUAGUCGUCUGCUGUUUACUCCAGACUGUAAAAAUAUGGCCUACUGUGUUCGCAAUCCAAUAUAUAAUGCAACAUAUCCAGAAUUCCCACCUCGUGGUCUAGUAAAGCGUUUACGACUGCAUUCACGUUGUUAUGAUGCUCAUUUGGUUGUUGACGGUCGAGUUGCGUACAGAUUUAAUGAUGGUGCUGAAGCAGUACUUGAGAUUCAUCCUAAAGAUGCGCUGAAAACGGUUGUGUUUCGAUGA